GACUACUAAAGAGCAGUGGAGAGCGAGGAGGGGGGCAGCUAGCUUGCAAAAGAGAGAGAAAGGAAAGCAGCAGCAGGAGAGGUACAUAAAUUCUCAUUUCUUGAAGAAAGAAGCGUUCGCUGUCCAGGCGACGCCGCCACCACGUUGGCUUUCCAAAACGACGAGCGUUCUGCAGCUCCAGGAGAGACGAGGAACCCAGUGGCGUACACAGAGGAGGGCUGGAAGUGGGUCUGUGACCCUUGAUUUUCACCAGGGGAGUGGUACGGGGGGGACGAGCAACAGACCGACGACUCCGGUAGUCUUGCCAUUCACGAAUUGAUUCCAUGCCAUUGUCAUAGCGAUGUGAAGCCGUUCUCCGUGACUGGAGGAGGCAGGCUCCAAUCAGCUGCUGAGGCACAUCUGCUCUCUCCAAGCAAAACCUUUCUGUUGCGUUCUCGUUUCCACACUUUCUCCUGUCCGUCAGCAUCUUUUCAUUAGCCUUUUCUCUCUGUUGUUCCUCUCGGACGACAUCCUUGCGACUUGGUACUGUCGUUGUGUUUGGUUCCGCAUGGAAUGACAACUGCUUUUUCAGAGGUGGCAGGAGAGGUUACGGAGGGGCUACGUGAAGCAAGAGUGUGGAUUAUGUGAAACUGGAAAUUGGUCCUGCGAAGAACGUUCGUCCUCGAAGACGUCCAGCCUGGUUGCACACCUUAAGGGAGGAAAUUUCUUCUCUUUGCUUAAGCAGGGUUUCACAGGACACAGCCCACCGAUGACAGCCAUGAAGGGAGAUUCGGAAGACAGCAUCGAGAGCACCAGGCCGUCCAAUCUUCAGGUGUUUGCCAACAGCUCCACGUUGCAUGGCAUGAGCCACAUUUUUGCCUACGGGCACAUGACGUUCCGCCGCUUCCUCUGGACGCUGUCUUUUUUGGGCUCUCUGGGGCUGCUGUUGUUCGUGUGCAUGGACAGAGUUUACUACUACUUUGAGUUUCCUCACGUCACAAAACUGGACGAGGUGGCGGCGCCCAACCUCACCUUUCCCUCCGUGACCUUCUGCAACCUCAAUGAGUUUCGCUUCUCGAAGAUCACCAAAAACGAUCUGUACCAUGUCGGGGAGUUGCUGGCUCUGCUCAACGAGAACUAUCAGAUAGCUAAUCCACAUCUGGCCGAGCCAGAGGUUCUUGCCUUGCUGAAGGAGAAGGCUAAUUUUGUCAACUUCAAACCCAAGUCGUUCAACAUGACGGAUUUCUACAACCGCACGGGCCACGAUAUCAAUGAAAUGCUCUUACAGUGCACCUUUAGAGGAGAUUCAUGCUCUCCUCUAAACUUCUCCACAAUUUAUACCAGAUAUGGGAAAUGCUACACGUUUAACUCGGGUCUGGAUGGAAACCCCUUGCUGACAACUUUGAAAGGCGGAACUGGGAACGGACUGGAAAUCAUGCUGGAUAUUCAGCAGGACGAGUACCUGCCCGUGUGGGGCGACACAGAUGAAACGUCAUAUGAAGCUGGCAUUAAAGUUCAGAUCCACAGUCAGGACGAGCCGCCCUUCAUAGAUCAGCUGGGGUUCGGUGUGGCUCCGGGUUUCCAAACCUUUGUUUCCUGUCAGCAGCAACUGCUCCAGUACCUUCCACCUCCAUGGGGCGACUGCAGAUCCGAUGCCAUGGAUUCAGAGUACUUCUCCACCUACAGCAUCACGGCCUGUCGCAUCGACUGCGAGACGCGUUACCUGCUGGAGAACUGUAACUGCAGGAUGGUGCAUAUGCCAGGCACGUCUACUGUCUGCACACCAGAGCAGUACAAAGACUGUGCUGAUCCGGCUUUGGAUUUUCUGGUGGAGAAGGACAACAAUUACUGCGUUUGUGAAACACCUUGCAACAUGACGCGUUACGGUAAAGAGCUAUCGAUGGUGAAGAUACCCAGCAAGGCCUCGGCCAAAUAUCUCGCCAAGAAGUUCAACAAAACGGAACAGUAUAUCUCGGACAAUAUUUUAGUGCUGGAUAUCUUCUUUGAGGCUCUGAACUACGAGAAGAUUGAACAGAAAAAAGCGUAUGAAGUCGCUGGAUUACUCGGUGAUAUUGGUGGACAGAUGGGUCUGUUUAUAGGAGCCAGUGUCUUGACAAUACUGGAGAUAUUUGAUUACUUGUAUGAGGUUUUUAAGGACAAGGUUCUGGGUUAUUUUCUGCGUAAGAGACGGCCGCAUCGGAGCGCCAGUGAUAAUCUGGAUUUCCUCGAGAAUCCCACCAGCCCUGGUGUCACGCCUAACCAUGUCCCCAGCCUUCAAGAUGGAGAUGAUGUUUUGCACAAGUUCAGAGCACAUGUGACACACUCCGGAGUCACUCGGACAGUCUCGGAUUCGCGCCGAACGUGCUACCUAGUCACCCGGCUAUAGGCAACUUCGAGGAAUUCGCCUGUUGAUGACGCGGGCGGCGAGGCCACGUUUAGGGUUCCACGGAAAACUGUGAAAUAUCUGAUAGACUCCAAACCAAGUGUAAGUCCACGUGUUAAAUAGUUACAAAAAAAAAUCUAUCCACACCUGAAUAGAAACGAUAUUAUAAUAAAUCAUCAUGAAGUAGAUAAAGGCAACACUUCCAAACCAAAACUCAGGUUUUAUUACAGCCACUGUUUGUUUGAAAUGUGAUAAUAAUCCUGGUCGAUUUCAUGCCAUUUCUUUCCAACGAUUUAAGACGUACAGAUGCUGUUAUGGUCCUUCACCCUGAAGUGUAUUUUGUGCUUUUUUUAAUGCUGUAUGAACACUGUGGGCCUAAUUUGAUCAAGCCGCCUUAAAUCUCGAUAAAGAAAGCAUUUUAAUAUUGCACAACAACUGAUUGUUAGUUGAUCCGGCCGAGGUGUGAAUCUCGGCAGGUUUUUGUACAAUAACUGUCUGAGCUUUAACGCAGAACGCGGUUUGACUGAAUUUAGCCCCGUGAUAGUAACGGAAAACACGUGUAGUCACUCAGAAUGUUUGUCUAUGUUCAUAUUUUGUGUGUAUAUAAGUGCAAUAAUAUGCAUAAUGUGUUUAUGAAUACCGUAUAUUACCUUCAAGUCUUAAUUAUUAGCUGUCAGGUAAACAACACAAAGAACGCUUUCAAUACAACCUGAGUUACCAGCCAUUUGCUUAGUGUUUCAACUUCCGUCCGCUAGGCCGUGUGGAGAUGGAGCGUUGUUGAAUAAUACUUGAGAUUGAUCUGUUUUAUAAGUGUAAUCAGUCAUUCAGAUCCAUCCAAACGCAUAGAAUACGAGGAACGAAUCUGUUCAAUAGUUGUUGAAUGCUAAUUCAUUAUAUUAAGUGGCAAAGACUGUAAACAACAUGCUGACGUGAAUACGAAAUCAACUCAUUUAAAAGACGUGGCAUACUCAUAUUUACAUUUACUUUCCCGGCGGAUGAAUACAAGGUUCACCCAGAAAUACACAUUCUAUGUUCAUUUAUUCACCCUCAUGAAUGUGACUCUCUUUUUCCCUGUGGAACACAAAAGAAGAUAUUUUGAGAAAUGUCUCCGUGGUUUUGUGUCCAUACAAUGGAAGUCAAUGGAGUGCAGUGCUGUUCAGUUCAACGUUCUUCAAAACAUCUUCUUUUGUGUUCUGCAGAUGAAAGGAAAUCAUACAGGGUUGGAAUGACACGAGAAGGAAUAAAUGAUGAAAGGAUUUUCAUUUUUGGGUGAACUAGGUGGUACAAUUCAAUGUGGAGCAGAUCUUCUAGAAGAAUGUGAGCAUCACUUGUUUUAUUUUGCUGUUUUCAUGGGAGUGCCUGUAAGUUUGAGGCGUCUUCCUUUUGUCUUGCAUGAAUCUGCUGACCACACAACACACGGUGACCCACAAACAUACAGUACGUAGACGCAACAAAAUGCAAAUGAAUUAAUGUUGUUGCAUUAGAUGAGAAACAUCAAACUGAGUGGCACAAAUACGUUUCAAGCAAAACAUUUUACAAUGAGAUAUUUGUUAGGUUUAAAAUCACGAGUAGUUGCACACGCUCUGGUUGUUAAGUGUUGGUGGACCGCUAAAAAUCACCUUGACCCAUUGGUUAAAGGGACAGUUCACCUAAAAAUCUCAAUUCUGUCAUCAUUUACUCGCCCGCAAGUUGUUACAAACCUGUAUAAAUGUCUGUGUUCCGAUGAACACACAGAAAGAUAUUUGGAAGAAUGCUUGUGACCAAACAGUUCUUGGCCACCAUUGACUCCCUUAGCAGGAAAAUUUGCUUUAUAAAUGUCUUUGUUCUGUUGAACACAAAAGAAGAUAUUUUGAAGAAUGUAGGAAAGCACAUUCUGGGGCACUUACCAUUGUCAUUUUUCCUACUAUGGGAGUCAAUGGUGGCCAAGAACUGUUUGGUCACAAGCAUUCUUCCAAAUAUCCUUCUCUAUAUUUAUAUAUUGUUUUCUGUAAACAUUUAUGUUUGGGUGAACUGUCGCUUUAAAGAGAAAUAUAGUCGAGAAAUGUAGAUGUUAAUCAAGAAUCCAGUUUGGUUCGAUGUUUUCUUAUCUAAUGCAAUGAUGUUGAAACAUGUGUGACUUGUGUCUGAAUCUGUCCUGGGGUCGUUGUAGCUCUGCUUCUCUACACUACAUGUAUUUAAAGCCUAGUACAACAAAACAUGUAUCUUCCAUAAACUUGAUCUGCAUCACCGUAUUAUUGUAUUGUUUUAUAUAAACCACAGUGGAAUUUCUAGUACAGGUAUCACAAUUUUAAACCAGAGUUACAUGUAAAUGAUCCCGUAUAAUAAACAAUAUAUUUAACCAUCUCUUAACACG